AUGCACCCCCCACACCAGGACCCCAGCCCCAACGGCCACUCGUCCCCAUGGCCACCAGCCACACACCAGGACCCCAGCCCCAACGGCCACUCGCCCCAACGGCCGCCAGCCCCACACCAGGACCCCAGCCCCAACGGCCACUCGCCCCCAUGGCCACCAGCCCCACACCAGGACCCCAGCCCCAAUGGCCACUCGCCCCCAUGGCCACCAGCCCCACACCAGGACCCCAGCCCCAACGGCCACUCACCCCAGCGGCCACCAGCCCCACACCAGGACCCCAGCCCCAACGGCCACUCGCCCCCAUGGCCACCAGCCCCACACCAGGACCCCAGCCCCAACGGCCGCUGGCCCCAGCAGCCACCGGCCCCACACCAGGACCCCAGCCCCAACGGCCACUCACCCCAGCGGCCACCGGCCCCACACCAGGACCCCAGCCCCAACGGCCGCUGGCCCCCAUGGCCACCGGCCCCACACCAGGACCCCAGCCCCAACGGCCACUCGCCCCAACGGCCGCCAGCCCCACACCAGGACCCCAGCCCCAACGGCCACUCGCCCCCAUGGCCACCAGCCCCACACCAGGACCCCAGCCCCAACGGCCACUCGCCCCAGCGGCCACCAGCCCCACACCAGGACCCCAGCCCCAACGGCCACUCGCCCCAGCGGCCACCGGCCCCACACCAGGACCCCAGCCCCAACGGCCGCUGGCCCCCAUGGCCACCAGCCCCACACCAGGACCCCAGCCCCAACGGCCACUCGCCCCAGCAGCCACCGGCCCCACACCAGGACCCCAGCCCCAACGGCCACUCGCCCCCAUGGCCACUAGCCCCACACCAGGACCCCAGCCCCAACGGCCACUCGCCCCCAUGGCCACCAGCCCCACACCAGGACCCCAGCCCCAACGGCCACUCACCCCAGCGGCCACCGGCCCCACACCAGGACCCCAGCCCCAACGGCCACUCGCCCCAACGGCCGCCAGCCCCACACCAGGACCCCAGCCCCAACGGCCACUCGCCCCCAUGGCCACCAGCCCCACACCAGGACCCCAGCCCCAAUGGCCACUCGCCCCCAUGGCCACCAGCCCCACACCAGGACCCCAGCCCCAACGGCCACUCACCCCAGCGGCCACCAGCCCCACACCAGGACCCCAGCCCCAACGGCCGCUGGCCCCAGCAGCCACCGGCCCCACACCAGGACCCCAGCCCCAACGGCCACUCACCCCAGCGGCCACCGGCCCCACACCAGGACCCCAGCCCCAACGGCCGCUGGCCCCCAUGGCCACCGGCCCCACACCAGGACCCCAGCCCCAACGGCCACUCGCCCCAACGGCCGCCAGCCCCACACCAGGACCCCAGCCCCAACGGCCACUCGCCCCCAUGGCCACCAGCCCCACACCAGGACCCCAGCCCCAACGGCCACUCGCCCCAGCGGCCACCAGCCCCACACCAGGACCCCAGCCCCAACGGCCACUCGCCCCAGCGGCCACCGGCCCCACACCAGGACCCCAGCCCCAACGGCCGCUGGCCCCCAUGGCCACCAGCCCCACACCAGGACCCCAGCCCCAACGGCCACUCGCCCCAGCAGCCACCGGCCCCACACCAGGACCCCAGCCCCAACGACCGCUGGCCCCAACAGCCACUCGCCCCAGCGGCCACCGGCCCCACACCAGGACCCCAGCCCCAACGACCGCUGGCCCCAACGGCCACUCACCCCAGCAGCCACCGGCCCCACACCAGGACCCCAGCCCUAACGGCCGCUGGCCCCAGCAGCCACUCACCCCAACAGCCGCCAGCCCCACACCAGGACCCCAGCACCAGCAGCUGCCAGCCCCAGUAG